GGGAAGCUCCCGGCGAGAGGAGUGUGGGGUUAGAGCGGGGAUGGCUCGUCUGUGCGUUCACAUCGCCCCUGGCACCGCGGGCUUGGACACUGAAGCGACAGUUCCCUUUCCCGGGAGGCCGUGCGCGGCUGUGCUUAUGCCCGGGACACCGGAAGGCCCUUUCACACGGCCAGCAUGGUUCAUUCACUGAUUGAAGCAUAUUGCUUGCUUGACCAAAUGAAGAUAGUCAAGCCAAAAGUGGCCUCCAUGGAGGAAAUGGCGAGUUUCCACACAGAUGCUUACCUGCAGCACCUGCAGAAGGUCAGUGAGGAGGGGGAUGAUGACCACCCGGAGUCUGUGGAGUACGGACUGGGUUACGACUGUCCAGCCACUGAAGGGAUCUUUGAGUAUGCAGCGGCUGUGGGAGGAGCCACCAUCACUGCAGCCCAGUGCCUGCUGGAUGGCAAGUGCAAAGUAGCAAUUAACUGGCCUGGAGGGUGGCAUCAUGCAAAGAAACAUUGUUUUCACAGGGAUGAAGCUUCUGGUUUCUGUUACCUGAACGAUGCUGUCUUGGGGAUCCUGCGACUGCGCCAGAAAUUUGACCGCAUCCUUUAUAUUGAUUUGGAUUUGCAUCAUGGGGAUGGAGUUGAGGAUGCCUUUAGUUUCACCUCGAAGGUCAUGACUGUUUCUCUGCACAAAUUUUCACCAGGAUUUUUCCCAGGCACUGGAGAUGUGACAGAUGUUGGCCUGGGAAAAGGUCGCUACUACAGCGUGAAUGUGCCCAUUCAAGAUGGCAUUCAGGAUGAAAAAUAUUACCAGAUCUGUGAAUCAGUGCUGAAGGAGGUGUAUGCUGCCUUCAACCCUGAUGCAGUUGUGCUGCAGCUGGGGGCGGACACCAUUGCUGGAGACCCCAUGUGCUCUUUCAACAUGACACCUGAGGGAGUGGGGAAGUGCCUUAAGUAUGUCCUGCAGUGGCAGCUAGCAACUCUUGUCCUGGGAGGAGGAGGUUACAACCUUGCCAACACCGCUCGCUGCUGGACAUACUUGACUGGGGUCAUCCUUGGGAGAACACUGUCCUCUGAGAUCCCUGAUCAUGAGUUCUUCACAGAGUAUGGUCCUGAUUAUGUGCUGGAGAUCACACCAAGCUGCAGACCAGACCGCAAUGAGCCACAGAGAAUUCAAGAAAUUCUGAACUCUAUCAAAGAAGUUCCACGUCCAGAACCGCGCCCCGGGGAGACUCUGGAGCCCCACGGAGCCCGCCUCGCCGCUCGCCUAGGGCUUGGGGACGCAGCCGCGGGGAGCCGCCCCCUCCAGGCCGCUGGACCCGGCCUCACCGACUCGGACCCGGCCGACAAGGUGCUCAGGUGGCUGGUGGUGCAGCUUGGCCUCAACAGGGCGGACGAGCUGCCGGAGCUCUGGCUUGAUCACCGCGAGCUCGACUCCCGGUCGGACCUGCCGGUCGGAGCGCGGCUGGGCGGGGGCCUCCUACCUCACCCCACCAGUGAGCAGCGUCCCGGCCGCCCCGGGCACCAGCGCAGCGGCAGCGGGGAACGCUCGGCACCCGGCCGAGUGUGGGACGGGGCUGGAGGAGGAGCUGCGGCCGCGCUGCCCGUCCCAAAACGCGCCGGCGUCGCUGUGGGCCCGAUGGGCGAGGGGUCUCCAGCUGCCGUGUAAUAAAAUCCGGAAGGAUCGUUGUUCCCACGGCUGUGCCCUUUGUCCAUUUCGGCGAAGGACAUUGUGUGAAGCAGCCCUUGAUGGAAGGAGGGUGGGCCCCCUAAAGCUCCACCCCAAAGCUCCAGUGUGUCUUCUCGGCUUAUGAUGUUCCCAUCCUUGUUGUUGUUGAAAAUUACACAACUUUCCUAGUAACUUUUCUAGUUAAAAUUUUUAAUGAAUUGUUUUAAUCAGUCAUGAACAGUGUAAUUUUCCACCGUAGCCAAGCACUAAGCAAGGUUUUUCAUAAACUGCUAUUGUGGGAAUGCAGGUCAGGAAAAUUACUAAAACUUAAGUUUUGCUAAACCAACUUUGAUACACUUAAUUGGACUAAGCAUGGGAGAGACAUAGUGCUGAAACUGGACUCAUGGAAUGCAAAAUUUAUAGUCUGCAAGAACAUUUUGCAUGAUCCAGAGAUAAAGAAACUAAUAAAGACAAUUCAGCAAUUGUCUUAUCUGGGAAAAAGAUAAUAAGAUAAUGUCAUAGAUACAUAUUAUAACAGUGGCUUUUCACAAAUAUUAAAAUGGAUUUAUACAUGUGAUGUUAAAGUAACUUUCUAACAAAGAUUGUUUUUAUUUCUGUUGUUAAUUAAACUUAGUGAAAUAGCUAUGCUUGUGUUAAAAUGCCUGCUUGGAUGAAAUAACAUCCAGUGAACACAGGAUGAGGACACCUGCUACGCCAACUAUCAGCACUCACGGUCUGAGGUCAGUGUGGAUCAAGGCCCAAAAACAGGAGGUGAUAAGAAUGGAUUAAAACCACAAGCAAGGAAUCUGCAUGCUCUAAAAAGGCAGACGCAAGGAGGAGCCAUGCUAAACAAUUCUUGGAACAUGUAAACUAGUUUGGGGGAAAAGUUUACUAUGCAUAAGGGCCUAUGAAUUUGCAACAGGCUGAUGUAAAGGAAAGGUAUUUAAGUGGUAUCUCCAAAGAUAACUGUGUGGUCUUGGCUGAGUGCCAAGAUGCACCCAGCCGAAAUAACCUUUGCUCUGAGAUCCUUGUCUCUUAGUGUCCUUUAUUAAACUUUUUAACUUUUCACAGGAGAGUGAACAGAUUUUUCACAGAUCAUAACGACUGAAAAUGUAGGCUAAUGAGCAUGAGAAGUAAGAAAUCUGUAACCAGUAGAAGAUAAAAUACUAAUUAAUGAAGAGAACUAUGUAUUUUAUAGCAAAUGAACAUUAAUUGCUUUGCUAAAGUGCAUAAAUAAUGAAAAGUUUUGGAAGUGUGCAAAGUGUGUAAGUAAGUGUGUAAGUUGCAAGUGUGUGCCGUAGGUGGAGCUCCCUCUAUUCACCCAGCAUUCUGAAUAAAGUAAUGCUGCUUUCUAA